AUGGACCACGCAGUGCUCACCGUGCCGGCAGACUGGGGCCCGAGCAGGCACGCCGCCGUGCUGCGCGCCGCGCGCGCUGCGGGCCUGCCGGACGCGCUGCGCCUGCUGCAGGAGCCGGUGGCGGCCGCGCUGGCCCACGGCCUGGGCGCCGGGUUGGACGGCGAGCUGGCGCUGGUGGUGGACAUCGGCGGCGGGACCACUGACGUCAGCCUGGUGCAGGCCUUUGCCGGCGCGCUGGAGCUGCUGGGGACCAUCGGCGACGCGGCGCUGGGGGGCAACGACGUGGACGCCGCGCUGGCGGCGCGGCUCUUCCCAGAGGCAGGCCGCGGAGACCCGGCCGCGCAGUCGGCGGCCGAGCGCGCCAAGAUCACGCUGAGCGCCGGCCCUGGCGGCCCCGUGGCCGCGGAGUCGGGCCAAGUAGCCGCCGCCUGCAUGCUGUCCGACCUGCAGGCCGUGCUCCCCCCUUUCUUCGCCGCCCUGGCCGCCCUGCUGGAAGAGUUUGGCACCCAGCACGGCAUCGGAUGGGCCAUGGAGCCUCGGGUCGCCGCAGAGCGGGCCGUCGCGAGCCUGGGCGAGGGCGGCGGCGAGGACCCAGCGCAGGCCCUGGGCCGCUCCGGAGCCGCGCCGCCAUCGCCGGGACCCCCCCCGCAGGCCACGCACGCGGCGUGGGGCCUACCACCGCCCCGCCGCGUCACGCGCGUGCUGUGCGUGGGCCAGGCCACGGAGAUGCUGGGCGUGCACGCUUUCCUCGCCCUGCUCACCGGCGUGCGGCCGUCGGUGGGCAUGCCCCCGGCCCACGCAGUGGCCGCCGGCGCUGCGGUGUACGCGGGAAUGCUGCUGGGCUCCGUACCGGAGCUGGAGAUCGUAGAGGGGCCCUUUGCUGCGGCGCCCCAUGGCCGCACCAGCGGGUUCUGA